AGAGUCUAGUGUUGUGUUAAUUUGAGGCUCCCACUUGUUUCUCUGUUGUGGCUUAACUUCAGUUUAGAGCGAACUAUUGAGGCGUUUUAACGUGUUGCCGCAGUAUUUCUAUGUUAGAAACGUUUACCGACGGUUUAGUUUUUAUUUUGUUUGACUGUGUUGUCCAUUUUUCUAUAGUUAUUGUUGUGGAUUAUAGCGGUUCCAUUACUUAUUAAUUGAACAGAAAAAAAAAACAAAGAAAAGAGUUUAAUUAAACGCCCAAACCUUUAUUUUGCAAAACGUAUUGCAUAUUUUUGUGAGUGUAUUUUAAAUAAAUAAAUAUUUAACUGUGUUUGUGUUUUAUAAAACUACUACUACACAUGCUCAGUGUAAAUUAAAUAAAUAAAAAAAAUUAUUAUAAAAUUGUUUACAAAAAUUUUAACAAAAUUGUUGGUGGUAAACAAAGCACAUUGUUUGUUUUUUGGUGGAUUAUAGAACAACAGGUGUUUUUUUAUAGAAGGUGCAAAAAAAAUUAUUGCAAAUUGAAAAAAAGAACUCUCAACAAAGAAAUCAAAGGAACGUGUGUUUUAGAACUGAAUGAAAAAAAACACUUUAAAGCGGUUAAAUAACACUCCUUAAUCUUAUUUUAUACAACCGAAAAAAAAGAAUUAGAAAAAAUAAAUAAAAAAGCAGAGAUAAUCAGUUUUGCAGCUAAAGCAUACAAACAAAAUAUACAACAGAAUUUGUGUUAAAUUGAAUUUAUAAAUAACAAAAUGUCAGUGAAUGAGUGAAGAAGAAUCUGUUAAAUGCACAACAAAAAAACGAAAAAAUUAAUUUGUUAAAUAAGUGAGUGAAACGUGUUUAUAAUUUAGAAUUCAAACCCAGGGGUGACAUUUUAACAAAAAGUUGAAUAAGAUUAAAAAAUUUUUAAAAAUCUAACAACUUUUUUUUGAUAUUAAUAAUGAAAAUAAUUUAUUAAAUUGUGUUGUUAAGGCUGAUUAUGUGUUUGACAUAUUAUAAUAAUGAUAAAAUUGUCUUUAAAUUAAAUUUAACCAUUUUUUUAAAAGAAACUGAGAUCAUCUUCAUUAGCAACAAUACAAAAAAAGUGUUUUUUUACAGAAAAAAGAGCAAUAAUAUUACAGAAAUUUUUUAAAUAAAAAAUAGAUAAAAAGUGUCAUAUUUAAGUUUAUAAAUUUAUUUAAAAAAAAAUACAAAAAAUCUUUUUUAAAUUAACAACAGCUAUCGAUUCCAAAAAAGUUAAUUUGUUGACUAAAUUUGUCAUUGAAAAUUGUAUAAGUAUAUGUGAUGAUUUAAAUCUUUUGCUCGUAAAUUUGUGGAUUAUAUUAAAGACCCCAUCUGCGCGACUAUUGUGUAUGGAAGGUGACAACAUCAACAUCACUGACAGCAACUUUAUUAUAAAAACCAUCUGAAAAUGCAUAAAAUUAUAUUACAACCAGCAACUUAAUCAAAUUUAAAACCCCCAAAAAAAGUGAAACUCAAAUCUGGAGGCAAACAAAACAUAAAUAUGGCCAAUAAUAAACAACAAAAUGUCACAAGCAAUUGUCAACUAUUAAAACAAGUUUCAUAAAGAAAUCAUAAUCCUAUAAAAGGAAUAAAAAAAAAUACUAAAAUUUUCUAAAAAAAAAUUUAAAUUCUAAAAAAAUUAAAAGCAAUAGUGAAUGUUUAAUUAAAAUAUGUUUAUAGUUUGAGAGCAAAAAAAAAAGAAUUAUUAAUAAUAGUAAUGAUGAUGAAAACUUGUUAAUGUACGCGCGCGUUUUUUUAUUUUUAAUAUUAAAAAUAAGUCUUUGACCAACAUUUGAACGAAGGAGAGACGCCAUCGUGCCGGUUUUUAUAUUUCGUUUUGACUGUCUUCCAUUGUUUGUAAACAUUAUCAUUAUUAUUUUGCUGUGUUUUUUUUUUCGUAAUAAUUUUAUAAAAGUACAAGCUUUUCUUAUUAUUGUUAUUGUAAACACGCACUACAUUUACGCCCUUAUUUGGUUUUAUAAAAUCCCAAAAAAAUAAUAAAAAAAAAUCUAUAAGCAUCUGCAGGAAAUAACAACAAUUCGUCGUUUAUUGUUGCUUGUCUUCAUCUACAACAUUCAUCUUUACACGUUUAUUGCGUUUGUUGCAACCAACCAACCAACUAACCAAAAAAAAAUAUAAUCAAAUCAAACUAAAGUAAAACACAAAGUCCUUGAUUACAUGGCAUUAUAAUUGAAAAUUAGCCCAUCACACAACAACGCCAACUUUAAGUUGAUUUACUCUGCUGGCAUUGUCCAGCCAGUUUGCUGUGAACAUCAUCAAAAAAAAACAACCUGGAAAUAAGUCCAACUUUAACAACUUCGUAAAGAACAAAAAAACGAUCAUCAAAAAAGCAACACUUUUAAGUCAUCAUGUCUUCCACCACCAGCACCUCACACACCUGCCAUCAUCGUAUCACAUAUUUAUCAGCUUUAUAUUUAGUUUUUGUUUUGCUGUUAAAAUGUCACAAAGUUGCUGGUAUUUUGGGCAAAUCGCAGAUGUGUGAAGUGGAAACGGGACAAACAAAUAUAAUAUUGGAUAUUGAGGAGAGUAGGGGUGAUUAUAUUGGCCAGCAUACAAAUCCUCCUGAAUUACCCAUAUUUGGUGAUCCCUUUACGGAAAUUGCCUUAGAUCUAGUCUUUCCUAAAGGUAAUCCUAUAUUUCUAUUAAAUGGCAAGAAAUUACAGCUGCUGCAACCGCUAGAUAGAGAUGAAGAGAAUUUAAGUCAUAUUGUUUUUCAAGUUUCCUGCACCAUACGCGCCACGAAUAAACGCCGCAACAUACCGAUUAUAGUGCGCGUGUCUGAUGUUAAUGAUAAUGCACCACGUUUCAUGAACACACCUUAUGAGGUUACCGUGCCCGAGAGCACACCAGUGGGUACAACAAUAUUUCGCAAUAUUCAGGCCCUGGAUAAGGAUGCCGGUGUUAAUGGCCUGGUAGAGUAUUUUAUUGUGGAGGGUUCUACAAAUACCACAGAAGAUGAAAAGAUGACAAUUGCUGAUGGUUAUGGCACGUUUGCCAUAUCAUUUCCCCAUCAAGGCCAGGUUACUGUUGCUAAAACAUUGGAUUACGAGAAAAUACAACGUUACUAUUUGACAAUUGUCGCAUCGGAUCGUGCGCGCAAUGUUUCAGAGCGUUUAUCAUCCACCACCACUCUAACGGUCAACAUAGCCGAUUCCGAUGAUUUAGAUCCCUCGUUUAUAUAUCGUGGUUGUGUUUUACUCGAUGGAGCCUGUAUUAAUCCAGAAUAUACAGCCUCUGUGCCAGCUGGCUCCCUACAAGGUGUGCUCACGGUGACACCCGAAAGAAUACAAGCUGUAGAUUUGGAUACAAUAAGUUCACCCAUAAAAUACUCAUUUGCCCGUGGUAUGCCGGGAAAUUUUGCGGAUUAUUUUGAAAUCGAUGAACAAACAGGAGUACUAAAACAAAUAAAAGCAGUAGAUACCUCCACAGCCAAAAAGUAUGAUAUUAUAGUAAAAGCAGAAGAAGUAUCCACUGCUAAAAGGUUUACCACAGCCAAAUUGGCAAUUAAUGUAAAGCCGGUAGAUGCCAAUCCUCCGGUUAUAUCGGCCAGUUCGGUGCUGGGUUAUGUGGAUGAAAAUUCUCCUUUGGGCACCAGGGUAUUAGAUGAGAAUGGUAAACCCAUAUCCUUCAAGACCACGGAUGCUGAUUUAACCGAAGAUGAUCCCAAGCCAGAUUAUAUUUACGAAUUGACUACACCCUCCUUUGAGGUUACAGCCGAUAGUAUUUUGGUAGUUAAUGAAGAAGGUUUGGAUCGUGAUCCUCCGGCUCCGGGCAAAUAUAAAUUCCAAGUGGUGGCCCGAGAACCAAAGACGAAUGCAGCCAGUGCUCCUUUAAGUUUAACAGUAAUAUUAAAGGAUGUUAACGAUAAUGCUCCCAAAGUGGCUAUGGUUCCUCCUGUAGCCAUAACGGCAGGCGAUGGCAUACGUAAAGUGGCCAAUGUGACAGCCACCGACAAUGAUGAAGGUGCCAAUGCUGUAGUAACUUACUCUAUUUAUCAUGUCUCCAACAAUGGCAUGCAAAAGUUUAAUAUCGAUGAACAGACGGGAGAAAUUGAAACACGUGGCCGUCUUUUGGCAGGAGAGCAGUACAGUAUAACUGUACAGGCCUCGGAUAUAGGUGGUCUUUCAUCUCAGGCUAUUGUGGAAGUGACAGUAACCCCGGGACCUAAUACAAAACCUCCUAAGUUUGUUAAGCCCGUGUAUGAGGUGCAGGUUAGUGAGGGAGCCGAAAUCAAUUCUACCGUUACUGUGGUACAUGCUGAAGAUCCCGAAAAUGAUCCUGUUAUAUAUUCCAUUAUUUCGGGCAAUGACUUGAGACAAUUUGCCGUAGGCCAAGAAUCUGGCGUUAUAGCUGUGAUACGUAAAUUGGAUCGUGAAAGUUUAACCAGAUAUCAGCUGAUUGUUAAGGCCGAAGAUAAUGGUGGUCUUUCUAGCACGGCUACGGUCAAUGUCAAAGUCACCGACAUUAAUGAUAAGAAUCCCGAAUUCGAUGAAUCUACCUUGCCCUAUGUGUUCCAUGUCGAAGAGGGUAAGGCUAAAGCUUUUGUAGGCAUUGUUCAUGCCACCGAUGCUGAUGAGGGCAUAAAUGCUGAAAUUACCUAUUUCAUACCCAACGAUAUACCUUUUGCCAUCAAUGGCUCUUCGGGAGAAAUUCGUACGUCCACAGCCUUGGAUUAUGAAAAGCAAAACGAAUAUCGUUUUGUUGUGACGGCCAAAGAUGGUGCUCCAGAUGCUCGUUUAGGUACUGCCAGUGUUACUGUUAUGGUAAAAGAUCUGCCCGAUGAAGUGCCCAAAUUCACUGAUUCUCGCAUAGAUGUACGCAUAGCUGAAAAUGAGCCAGAUGUAACAGUGGCCACGGUGCAAGCAAUUGAUCCGGAUACCAUGCCUGAAAUAACUUAUGUCAUACGUAAAGGAGCUACGGAUCUCUUUAAGGUCAAUCCUCAAACUGGUGAAAUAAGAACAACCAAGGGUUUGGACUACGAAAAGCAAAAGGUGCACGAAUUGAUAGUGGGGACCAUAGAAAAUGAUGGCAACAGUGCUGGGGAUACCAUCAAAGUUGUGGUAGAAGUCGAAGAUCGCAAUGAUGUGCGUCCAGUAUUUGUGUCGGUACCCGAACCAGUUACAGUUAAUGAUGAUCAGCCUAUAGGUGCCAUGAUAGCCACCAUGCCAGCCAUAGAUGGUGAUGGCUCGUCUCCAGGUAAUGUGGUGCGUUACGAAAUGGUGGGUAGAGGCAAAGCCUUAAAAUAUUUCCAAGUCGAUCCCGACACUGGCGCCAUACGUAUACGCGAUGAAUUGCGCAAGGAAGAAGACACUGAGUAUCAAGUAGACAUCAGAGCCUAUGAUAUGGGUGAACCUCAGUUGAGCUCUGUGGCCACUUUGCCCGUAUUUGUUCGACAUUUGCUAACCGAUCCUAAUGAAGACAAUAUGAUGGAAGGUCGUUUAGAUAAUGGUGUUAUCAUGUCCCCCGAAAGUUUGGGUUUGGCCUUUAGUGACGACAGCUAUACUACGGGUGUACCGGAAACUACUGGUAUCAAUGCCACCAUUAAACUUAUACAGGUGAUCAAUUCUAAAAAGUCGGUUAAAUCAAAUCCCGGUUUCAAGUGUGAAAUCAUUAAAGGCAAUGAUCUGGGUCUGUUCAAUGUUACCCAAGAGGAUCAUGGUUGUGGCAUAAAACUAAUCAAACAUUUGGAUUUUGAAAAUAAGACAGCGCAUUCUUUGGACUUGAAAUUGAUAUCCCAUAAAUAUUUCAUUAAUCCACAAAAGAGCACCACCACAGUUAAGAUUAUAGUACAAGAUGAAAAUGAUAAUGCGCCCGAAUUUAUCUACAACAGGGCCAGGGGCCGCAAAGACACUUUCUAUGCAGUGGUUACACCUGAGAUGGAUAUAGAUACACCCAUAUUGCAGGUGAGGGCCACAGACAGAGAUUCGGGUAAAUUUGGCAUGAUACGUUACAAGAUAUUCGAUGAGGAGGACAACAAUAUAAGCAAUGAUAAUUUGCCCACCACCUAUUUUGCAAUGACCGAGGAAACUGGUAUUUUACGCACCGCCAAAUCAUUCGGUGAGAAUGCUCACUUCCCCAUGAUAUUCUAUGUGGAGGCUCGCGACAACGAUGGCCAGGAAAUGGGUUCACAUCGCACACGUGCACGCAUUGUCAUCAACCAGAUAACCGAUCUAAAUCGUCUCUCUUUGGUGUUCUCCGAUGCCACACCCAACGAGUUGCGCAAUCAAUAUGCCGCCUUAGAGGAAUUAUUUUCCGAAAAAACUGGCGGUUUAAUAACCGGCAUAGAACGUUUUAGUAAUCGUAAAUUUUUAAAUGAAAAUGGUACGAUUUUGGAAAAUCCCUCAGCUACCGAUGUUUGGUUCUAUCUAAUCGAUCCCAAAACCGAGGCAAUACUGCAACGUAAUUCUACAGUUGUUCAGGAAACUCUGUUGGAACCUACUGCCAGGGCAGAAUUGAAUUUUGCCGCCUCAGGUGUGGCCAGAGCCACGGCAGAGGGUAUAUACCCACCAAUUGAAUUGAAACAGCAAGUACUUAGCAAGAUAUUGCCAAUAGCCAUUAAUGAUGAAGUUUUCCCUUACACACUGAUUGCGAUUUCCAUAAUUAUAUUGAUUUUGGGUACGAUUGGUAUCAUCUAUAUAUGCAUAUCUUGGUCAAAGUACAAGAACUUUAAACAACGUAUGCGCCAAUAUUCAACACCCAGUCCAACACGUUACGAUCCUGUCAUAGUAAACUCCCAAGCCUCUAAUGGUGGUGAUACUGUUGCCAAUCUCAAGGAGUAUGAAACUCAAGUUCUAGCCAUGGCUGUGCCACCAGAUGGUGAUGAUGAAUUACAAAUUGAUUUCAGUGCCAAAAAUCAUGCCUUCUCACUCGAUAACGUUAGUUAUAUAACACACAAAGAACACAACGGCAGCUCCAGUGGCGGUCAGACUAGUCCCUCACAUUCGGAAGCUACUACAGCAACAAUUGCCACCCUACGAAGAAAUAACAAUAAUAAUUUGAAUAAUAUGUCGGCCAAUAACAAUAUUAACAAUCAUACCAUGAACAAUCGACAAAAUACCUUUAAUCGCACCCUGGAAAUGAAUGUGCGCAACAAUGCGAAUCCUUUGGCAGCCAAUGGUACUCUACCGGGAACACUGACACUGGGUCGUAUUAAGCAUCAAAACUCAAAUCAUUAUCAGAAUGGUGGAUAUAAAUUGGAUACGGUUAGUCGCAAUAAUUUGGCAAAUGUACAAAAUAAUGCGUACAGUACAUUGGGCCGAAGGGGGAAUACUUUUGGCAACAAUAGCAAUGCGAAUAAUGGUGAAAUGGGCAAUGGUGAAUUAAUGACAAAUACUUUGGGUAGAAAUCAUCAGCACAAUAUACAACGAGGAUAUAAUGAAGUGCCUAUAGCAAAUCCAUUAUUUCAAAGAUCUAAUGGUGAUUUAAGUCACAUAAGUCCUUCAAACGAUAAUGUCACCUUCGGUAAACGUGAUUAUGGUCAAAUGGGUUUUUCCUACUUAAAUGAUUUGGAUCGCUCCGAAGUCGAAACUACAACCGAAUUAUGAAAAAUUUCGAAUACAAAACGAAAAUAAAACAAAUCCCUCAACAAGCCAAAAUACUUUUUUAAAAAUAUUUUAGUUAAUUUGUAAAAAACACAUAAAUAAAAAUGCAAUAGUUUUAACAUAAUAUUAAAAAUAUAAUUAAACAAAUAAACUGCAAUUUUGUUGCCAUUAAGUUAACAUAUAAUAAAUUAUGUACAUAUGUAGCAUAUGUAUGUAAAAACGAAACGAAAAUUAAACAUUACUUAAGACUUUUUUUGUAAAUAUUUAAAUAAUGUAACUAAAAAAAACAAAAAAUUAUUUAUAAAAUAGUCAUUAUAUAUUAAGAUGUGAUUUAUGUUUAUUAUAAAGCGACUAUAAAACUUCCAUAAAUAUAUUUCAUAUUUAGAAUAUAUUGUAUUUUUUUUUAUUUUUUAAUUAUUUAAUAAGUGUAAAUGUUUUUUAAAUAUUUAAGUAGUUAGUUUAUUGAAAGAAACAAUGUUUUUAAUAUAGUAUAUAUAUAAAUAUAAAAUAAGUAUAAACAAAUAUUUUUAAAACAAUUACUGAUGACAUGUUAAGGAAAAUUUAGUGAAAAACCGAAAAUAAAUUUGUAAUAUAAAAACUAUUUGAAAACAAA